GUUUAUAAUGCUGUUUACUCAUCUGAUUGUUUUGUUUUGAAUUCGUUUGAAAACGAUGCUGAAUUUUAUUAAAUUGUGAAUUAAAAUAAAAAGUACACAGUUAAUCAUGGAAAAUACAACAGCAAAGAUAUCAUUUGGAUUUAAGAAGACGAAUGAAAAGCCAAAUUUUCUUAAAAAUAAAGUAGAAAGUGCUCAGGAAACGAAAAAAAUUGAAUUAAUUGAUUCUAUUGAAGGAACACAGCUUAAAAUUCAUGGGAAAGAUCCAAGAGAUGAAGAAAUUAAGAAACUUGUGAUUCCAAUGACAAAUGAUCAGAAAACUAGACCAAUUUCUAAAUUAAUAGAAUCCAGAAGAAUAAAGAAGGAAAAUGGUAAUGGAAAUGCCGAAACACCGAUGGAAAUUGAUGAGACUCUAGAUCAAAAAGCAGCUAGAGAAAUAUUAGAAGAUCUCAAGAAUACAACUAUUAAAACAGAAAAUAGAGAUUUUGAAGUUCCUUUACAUCCAGACGAGCUUCCUUUAAAUGGUGCUGCAGAAUCGUCACUUGAUGACUAUGAGAGAAUUCAGAUUGCUGAUUUUGGAAAGGCAAUGUUGAGAGGAAUGGGAUGGAAGGAUGAACAAGAGAAAAAUGAUCCUCAAAAGUUUGAUGUACCAAUGGUUCGACCAAAAGGUUUAGGACUUGGUGCUGAUAAAGCGAUUAAGAAGCAAAAAUUGCUCAUCCAGCCUGCACCAAAUGAAGUUUUGGAGAUUAAGAAGCGUGCUUUUAUUAAAAUAUUAGCAGGAAAACACAAAAAUAUGUACGGAACUAUUGAAGGUUUUGAUGAUGGUGGCGGACGACUAAUCAUUAAGCUAGCGAUAGGGGGAUUGAAAGUAUUGAUGAACGAAUUUAUGGUUCAGCCAAUUCCAAAGCAAGAAUUUGCGAAAUACUCGAAAAUAUUGAAUUCGGAAAAGUAUGAAGAGUUUAAGAAUGACGAGAAUAAAAUAUCAAGUGCUGCAGAUAAACCGGUAAAAGUAGAAAGAAGAAGUCGCUCAAUAUCUCCAUCAACAUCACGAGCAAGAGAUGACAACAAAGCAUCUAAAAGCAGAGACGAACAAAUAGUUUCAAGAGGACGAGGAGAUGAAAAUAGACGAAAUAAAUCACAAGAGCGUGAACGUUCAAAAGAGCGCAGUAGAAUAAGAAGUAGAGAAAGAGCAUCAAAUUAUUAUAAGAAGGAUAAACGACAUCAUUCUUCAGACUCGGAAGAUGAUAAGACAUACAAUAGAAAGUACAAUGAAAGACAACGAAGUCGAUCACACGACAAGCACAAAAGAAGACAUUCAUCUUCUGCCUCAAGUAGUGAGAGACAUAGAUCAAGAAAAAAGUCUAGCAAAAAAUCGAGUAAAAGUAAAAGCAAGGUACCAGAACGGUACAACUCAUCAGACGAUGAGCGACAUCAUAAGAGAAAAUACAAGAGGAGUAAGCAUCAUCGUGAUAGGUCUUAAAACUUAUAAAUUACUUUAUUACCUUUAAAUUAAUUACAAUAAAAACUUUAAUUUUUGUAUU